AUGAAGGGCGAAGUAGCCACUCUCGCCGAAGACGACUUAACGGCUUCCAUCUCCAGUCAGCCCGACUAUCGCUACACAAUGUCUGGGUUUCGAGGCUUUUCCGGUACCCUCACUAGUAAGGAACUCAGCCGACUACAGGAAUCUGAGCAUGUCGACUAUAUCGAGCAGGAUGCCAAGGUUCAUGCAUCAACAAUGGUCUUACAAUACAACUCUUCCUGGGGCUUGGCUCGCAUCUCCCACAAGAAGCCGUAUGAGACGACAUACCUUUUCGAUGAAAGUGCCGGGGAGGGCACAUGUGUCUAUGUCAUUGAUACAGGUAUAGAAACCGAGAACCCCGAGUUUCAAGGCCGCGCUUUCUUCUUGGCAGACUUUUCGGGCGAGGAUUCAUGGAAGGAUCUGAUGGGGCAUGGGACUCACGUGGCGGGCACAAUUGGUUCUGCUACAUGGGGUGUAGCGAAAAAGACCACCCUCUUCGCUGUCAGAGUUCUUGACCGGUACGGCAGUGGUACGAAUGCUGGCGUGCUUGCAGGCAUGCAGUUUGUCCUCAAAGAUGCUCCGCAACGCGCGGCAGCUUGUCCCAAGGGCUUGGUCGUCAACAUGAGCCUUGGAGGGUACAAGACGAAGGCUAUGAAUGCUGCUGCCGCUGCUAUUGCUUCGGCAGGCCUCUUUAUCACCGUCGCAGCGGGCAACGACGGCGAGGAUGCCGUAGGCUAUUCUCCCGCAUCAGAGCCGUCUGUAUGCACUGUAGGGGCCACCGCUUCCAACGAUACCUUCGCCUCAUGGUCCAACCAUGGGCCUUUGAUCGACAUCCUGGCCCCUGGUGUUGACAUCACCAGCACGUGGCUCGGCGGCGCGAUCCAAACUUUCUCGGGAACGAGCAUGGCGACGCCACACAUCACUGGCAUUGGCGCAUAUCUGCUGGGUCUAGGGGCGAAAGCGGAUAACCUAUGUGGCAUCAUUGCCGGCAUGGCUAUAAAAGACGCGAUUGACCCGAGCACAAUGUACGCAAAUACUGUGAACCUUUUGGCGUGGAACGGUGCGCAGGGGAGCAGCGGGUAUGGGGGAUCGUAG